AUGGCAAGCCACAUAUCACUAGUUUGCAGCAUUGGCCAACACAAACUCAACCCAUUCUUCUUCGAAGAUCUGCAGGCACUUGGCAAAGAGGAUUCUCUGGUUAUGCACGUACUUCCUCAAAAGCUUAGUCUUCCAUUGCAUUCAGGACUUGCCAGCAACCAAAAGAGCCGCGCGCUCAAGACGCUUCUUGUCCUCACGCUGAAUGAUGAAAUGUGCGAUGAAUGCUCCAUUCGAUCGAUCGAUCGCUACGACAAAUCAGCAGCGGCAGCGUGCGAUGCGGAUGACAACGAGGACGGCCGAUCAGAUUCAGAUCUGCCGCCAGGCCCAGUUCUGGAGGUGUUUAAAUCUAACAAUAUGGACACAUCUGAAUCUUGUGUUAUAGCAAAGGAACUGAAGAAGCCCCCAAAUAGAUACAGUGCGCCACCCCAUCUUCCCCGUCUGGUCCAGCGUAGGGCGGCGACGCCUCCUGUCGAACACAGCCAGCAUAGGGGCCCUCCACAUCUCCCCUUUCCGCAUCCUCCCUGGGCCAGCGAGGAACUGCCCAGUCCGCGGCGGCCGGAGAAGCACCACCACGGCGUGUGGCUCGUUCUCCGCGGCGGCCUACUGCUCGCGGCCAUGGCGAUGAUCCUGGGUGACGAGCACAUCCCGAGUCCCGACCACUCAUCUUCUGGCCCGCGGAUGAGCAGCCUGCUCCCAGGACCAGCGCAUCCAGCUCCUGGGGAGAAGUCCAUCCUGCUCGGUAGUAUUUUCCCAAUGAUGCAUCUAAUGCACAUUGAUAUUCAGAAUGGGGAUCUGACACUGGAUUUAUGGGCCGAGCCCAUCGAUCAGGCUCGCAACCUCCUCAAGUCGCAGACCCACCAGCAACGCCCAAGCGGAACUAGUACUUGGCUUCUUGUGCUGCGGCAGCGCGUCGCGACCACCGCCACCUCGCCGCCGGCGAUGGAGCCGCCGUCGCCGCCUCAGGCGACCCCCUCCUCCGCCGUGCGGGUCCUAUCGCGCACCCCACCUCCCUCCACUUCCUCCUCCGGCGCGGACGCCGCCGCCUCGCCGUCCCACGACGGCGGCGUGGUCGUUGUCGGCUUCGUGGGGUGCGCGGCCCGCCUCGCCGACCGGAUCCUCGACGCCCCCGUGUUCUCCCCCGGCGGCUCGGCCAGGACCCUAGCCGGGGCCGUCAGGUACCACCGCGACGGGGAGAGGAGGAUGGUGUUCCUGCACCUCGCGGCCCCGCCCCCGCCCUCGCCGCUGGAGGCGGGACAAGGGAGCAGCGGAGGCGGGGACCUCCCGGAGCUGCUCUUCAUGUUCUCGGUUUGCCAUGUCAUAAUAUUUCUCCAAGAAGGCUUCCGGUUCAACACACAGACCUUGAAGAACUUUAGACUGCUGCAAUCCUCAAAGCAUGCACUCACACCAUUUGCGAGGUCACUAGUAGCACCAGCAACGCCACCCAAAGCUGCUCCUUCUGGCACCCCAACCCGGCCUACCCGCAGGGCUUCAGCCAGCUCCCCUCCGGCACGUCGUGGAGGUCAUUCAGGCCAUCAACCCUCAGCCAUCUCAUUGAUGUCAGGAACCGGUUCACAUCCUUCUGUGUUGCCAGGCCAAUGCAUCCCUGUUGUUCUGUUUGUCUUUGAGGAUGAUUUCAUUGAUGUUCCAAGUGCUGUAGCGAGUCUGAGUCUGGAUGAUACGGGUGACACAUCAUCAUCAAAUCAGGCUUCUAGCACUGAUGGCUUGCAAAAACAAAACCCGACUUCAAAAGGUUCUGGCUCAUUGGUUAUGCUCGCCCGCCCCACGAACAAAUCUGAUGGUAGUUUCAGCAAGAAGCUGCAUUCCUCUCUGGAAGGUCAAAUCCGUUUUUUGUUGAAGAAGUGUCGAACACUUACUGGUCUGGAGUCCGGGCAUAAUGGUCCAAGGGGUGUUGUUAAUGUGAACCAUCUUCCUUUGUUCUCACUUGAUACAUCUAGAGUUGUUGCCCUGUUGGACCGGUCAAUUAAUAAGAAACGAGAGCCAUUGGAUAUCAUUGAUGGACUUUUUGAAGACUCUUUCAGCUCCAAAGCAUCAUUGGAUGUUGCUUCAUUAGAAAAUAACUGCCAACCAACAAACCACGAAGAUUUCCAGGUAAUAAAGGAUUUUAUAUUUCGGCAGUCCGAUGGGCUUAGAGGGAGAGGGGGUUAUUCAGGCAAUGCGGCUGCUGGUUCUGUUGCUGGUGUCGGUAUGGUGGCUGCGGCAGCAGCUGCAGCAGCAGCGUCCGCAUCAGCUGGGAAGCCAGUCAGUGUUCCUGAUCUCCCUAGUUUUGAUAAAUGGUAUUCUGUUAGUGCAUCUAUUCUCUCUGGACUGAUCAGUAGAAAAAAUGGGGUCAGUAGUUCCAAAAGCACGAGUUCAUCAUCUACUCAUGCAAGUUCCAGUUUGAAGAAUGAGCAACUUUCUCCAGCAGGAUCUAGUGCUACUGAAUCUGCUUUAUCUUGCUUGGAAAGCAACAAGGGGCUUAACAUGAAAUUCUCCUCAUCUUGGUGCCAAAGGGUGCUUCCAGUUGCUAAGGAGGUGUACUUGAAAGAUUUGCCUGCCUUUUACCCAACUAGCGUUCAUGACUUGCGGCUGCAGAAAGCAUUGUGGUCCUUUCACUCAACAGUUAAAGGACCAGCUGUCAAGGUAUUCUCCAAGAAGCUAGAAGAUGAAUGCAAGAAAAUCUGGGAAGCUGGAAGGCAGCAAUGUGAUGCUGUCAGUCUUACUGGCAGGCCUUGUAAGCACCAGCGACAUGGUAAAUUAUCUUCAUCAGAAUCAGAUGCAGUGGAACAACAUUCUAGUGGAUGCGUCUUCCUUCAUGCAUGUGCCUGUGGCCGGUCACGUCGCCUUAGAGAUGAUCCUUUUGACUUUGAGACAGCCAACAUAUCAUUUAACUGUUUCUCUAAUUGUGAAGAUCUAUUGCCUACCCUUGUGCUACCGAGGGGGGUUGAUACCAGUUCAUUUCCGGUAUCCUUUUGGCGCUUGGUGCGACUGGGAGGAGCAAGAUAUUACAAGUCAACAAAAGGGUUGCUCCAAGCUGGAUUUUGCUCGAAGGACAAAUAUCUUUUAAGGUGGACAAUAUCUCUUGGCAAAGGACAAGUGAAAAAUAGCUCCCAUGCUACCAUUAAAUCUUCCUCCCUGACAUCUAAUGUGAACUCCCAGACUCCACAUGUUGCUUCUAGAGAAGUAAAGUCCAUUCCAGCCCAAGUCACAUCAGAGGUUAAAACUGCAAAGCUUGAAAAUUCCAGAAAACAAUCUGAACUGCAAUCAGCGAACAACUCUGCUAUUAUUUUUGGUAAAGGUGUUCCAAAUUUUACUAUGAAGAAACCAUUUGCUGAAGUUGUUGCAGGCAGCACAACUAAAGAUUCAGAGUUUCCUGCUCUCCAGCUGAAGAGACCACCAAAGCCUGUUAGCCGAAAAGAUGAACGGCAAAUGAGCGUAGCGGAACAGAAUAAUGGCCAAAGUAAUGCAACUCUCAGUCAAGGAUCUAUAGCUGAAAAUGAUUCGGAGAAGAUGACCAGAAAUAUUAGUGAAAGUGCUGAUGGCAAGCCCUUUCUGCAGAUCGGGAGCAACAUAGUGCCAGUGAUUGUUGGCAAUGAGACUAAAGAAGCUACUGAAGCCAUACAACAGUUUGUAGUAUAUGUCGGAUUUGAGUACGAGUGUUCAUAUGGUCAUCGUUUCUUACUUACAGAGAAAUAUCUCAAAGAGAUGGAUUCACCUUGUUUGCAGGAUGAAAGAUCUUAUCAAAACAAUGAAGCGGAAAGUAAGCACAGUUCACAAAAGUUGCUCCCAAAUGCAUCUAAGUUAACACCAGUGGUAAAUGGAAACAAUGGGCGGAAAGCCAAUAGACCAGUGGAGUCAUCAGGGAGAAAUAGCAGGCAGCAAUUGCUUCAGCCUUGCGUAGAUGGAGAGAGCACGCGGCCUGGUCAUAUUCCUUCAGAUCCACGUAAUGUAUCAAAGGGAGAUCUUUCUCUUCAAUACAUUACAGCUGAUGAUGGUGGAGAAGCAUAUUCGCUUUUGAACAGAAAUCUUCCGAUAUAUAUGCACUGCCCACAUUGCAAGAGCACAGAUGGGAAGGGACAUCAAGAUGUAAAGAUUGCUAGUGCUGUGUCACAACUUCAACGAAUUUUUAUUGUUACACCUGAUUUCCCUGUUCUGUUGGCUAGCUGCCCACUUGUACAGUUUGAGAGGUCAUGUUUACCACCGAAUGUAUCUGAUCGUGAUCAACAAGGAUUGUUCAGUCUUGGAUGUCGAGUUGUCCUUCCACCCGAGAGCUUUCUUACCAUGAGGCUUCCAUUUGUGUACGGUUCUGAGACAAGAGAUGGAAGUAGAUUUCCCCUGAAACACCUCGAGCAACAACCAGAGCUCACAGCCUGGCUUGUUGGGGGCACAGCUCUGCAAAUCGUAUCAGCAGGACACGCUACUGAGAAAAAAGCCGACAUUUCGUGAUAAACUUGGGAUCUAAAGGUUUAAUGAUUCAGGCAUACUCUGUUCACAUUCCGAAUGUGCAAUAGCCAACAGUAUGUAUCCUGCACUCAAGGCAUUGGAUUCUUGGGUUGCUUGCCACUGUAAGUCGCAACACGAUUCCUGUCAGUGGUGUUUUGCUUCUGCUCCUGGAUUUUAUGCCGCCAAGCUGUUGAUAUAGCUACUGCAAGAAUACUGCACAAGUGAUGCACGUGUAGAGCCAGAGAUACAGGCAACUGGACAUCGUCUAUAGUAGGUAAAGUUUAACUGAUGAUUUAGGAUAUGUUUUGUUUAGAUCCCCAGCCUACAGAUGAACCAAAUCCCGCGGCCUAUUACCUUGUCGUUGAAACUCUUGGUCUCAUGAAUUAUCAGUUUAGCCUCAUAACAUAUUCACUUUGUAUCUGUAAAGCAAGGAAAUGGCGGUCUCUAAAUGAUGUGUUACACAGAAA